AUGUUCAGGUUGGUCGUCGUCUUUAGUGUGUCGCUUCAGUUUGUACUGCACCCCUUGGCUCAACAAGCAAGCGUAGAGGAAGAUGAAGGAAUUCUCGUCCUUACAAAGGAUAAUUUCGAUGACACAAUAGCAGCACAUGAGUUUAUUCUGGUUGACUUCUAUGCACCAUGGUGUGGACACUGUAAAGCUCUGGCACGUGCAUAUACAAAAGCAGCGCAGAUGCUGAUGGAAGAAGACAGCCCAGUCAAGCUUGCAAAGUGCGACGCGACCGUGCAUGACGAGCUUGCUUCAAAAUACGAGGUGCGUGGUUACCCAACGCUAAAGCUAUUCCGUUCGGGUAAGCCAGAGGAAUAUAGUGGUGGACGAGAUGCUGCGUCUAUCGUCGCUUGGCUAAAAAAGAAGACAGGCCCAGCAGCCAAAACUAUGCUCUCAGCUGAUGAUGUGAAGGACUUUCAAGAAAACAAUGAAGUGUGCGUCAUUGGUUACUUUAAGGACACUGAAAGCGCAGAUGCAAAAGUUUUUUUGGAAGUAGCUGCAGGGUUCGAUGAUAUACCAUUCGGUAUCACUACUGAAAGUGAUGCAGCAAAGCAGAUUGAACUGGAAGCUGAGGGCAUUGUGUUAUUAAAGAAAUUCGAUGAGGGACGAGCCGAAUUUAGUGAGAAGUUAGUAGCUGAUGCACUUAAGACUUGGAUUCAGGCUCAAAGAUUACCGCUUGUGAGCGAAUUCACGCAAGAUACUGCACCAAUUAUUUUCGGUGGUGACAUUAAAUCACAUAACCUCCUAUUCAUUUCCAAAGAAAGCUCUGAAUUCGAAAAACUAGAGAAAGAGUUUCGAGCAGCUGCCAAGAAAUUCAAGGGCAAGGUUCUUUUCGUCAUCAUUAAUACGGAUGUAGAAGACAAUGCUCGUAUCUUGGAAUUCUUUGGCCUCAAAAAGGAAGAUUUGGCGGCAUUGAGAUUGAUCAGUCUGGAGGAAGAUAUGACCAAAUACAAACCCGAUUUCAAUGAUAUUACUGCUGAAAAUAUUGUGCAAUUCACGGAAUUGUAUCUUGCCGGUAAAUUAAAAGCACAUCUGAUGACUCAGGAUAUUCCUAGCGACUGGGAUAAGAAUCCAGUUAAAAUACUAGUAGGAAAGAACUUUGACGACAUCGCGAAGGAUUCUAAGAAAGACGUCAUUGUGCUGUUCUAUGCUCCAUGGUGUGGACAUUGCAAACAGCUGAUGAAGACAUGGGAUAAAUUGGGUGAAAAAUAUAAGGAUCAUGACACUAAAGUGGUUGCUAAAAUGGAUGCAACAGCAAAUGAAGUGGAAGAUGUUAAAGUGCAGUCAUUCCCAACAAUUAAAUUGUUCCUUGCCAUUUCUAAUAAGGUAAUUGAUUAUACUGGUGAAAGGACAUUAGAAGCGCUAACAAGAUUUGUGGAAAGCGGAGGUAAAGAUGGUGCUGGUUUAUCCGACCAAGAGAAAGCAGAGGCCGAAGCAGAAAAUGAUGAAGAAACGCAACAUACUGAACUGUAA